AUGACUCGCUUCCGCCAGUAUGACCCCCUGAAAGUUUACGUCAACGAUGAGGGCCUUGUUCGGUUUGCGACGGAGCAGUAUUCAGAGUCCGUGGAUACCCUCCAGUCAAGGAUGAUGCACCUCACCAACUACUCGGUCAACAAACAGAACCCUGCGUUCGUGCAGAACCAGGAUGGCCAGGGAGAGGAGGACAAGGAGGACGCCGCCCUGGAUGACAAUGGCCAACCGAAGGCUUCGAAAUGGUCGCUCACGGAACUGCGGCACCGACCUUGGUUUGCAAGGGACGAAUGA